UUCAAGCUUCUCUAUUCCUCUUGUUUUGCUUAUCCCUCUCUCCACCCCUAUCCAACAUUAACAAAAUCCUCGGAUAUUGUCUCUUUUAGAACUACCAAAACAUCUCCCUCCCUUUCACUCUCAAAAUCUUCUCUUUCCCUCUUUUGUCUCUAUCUCUGUGAAAAAAUUUAAGCUUUAACCACCACUUUUGCACGCACCUUGAACCAACAAAAAUGCUUGCAGAUUCUGGCGACAGGCGUCCGGUUCGAGUCCCAGGAACCAUGGGGUCGCACCCACCACCCAAACUGACCGAGCCACUGCCAUGCCCCAGGUGUGACUCAACCAGCACCAAGUUCUGCUACUACAACAACUACAACCUCUCUCAGCCUCGUUACUUCUGCAAGUCGUGCCGCCGUUACUGGACUCAAGGUGGAACUCUCCGUAACGUUCCUGUUGGUGGUGGGACCCGCAAGGCUUCCAAGCGCUCUCGAUGUUCUUCUGGAUCUUCUCCCUCUGUUGCAACUUCUUCUUCCUCGAGCGUGACGCAUGAAGCUGAGUCUGUGCCUAUGGCUGUUAACCCUGUGUCUGUUAUGCCUGGAGCUGGAGUUAAACCUGAAAUGGGUUUGGCUGACGUGAAUUUGAAUGAAACUGCGGAUCUUCCUGUGAAUGGAGGCUUCACUUCAUUCUUGAACUCUCAGGGAGAAGGGUACUUGACACUGGGUGGAUACGGGUUUGGGGCUGGUUCAGGGUUUGAUGGGGGUUGGGGAUAUCCUGGAAAUGGCUAUCUUGGUGGUUUUAGUGGAGGGGUUGGUGCUGGACCUGGUGCUGCCAUAGGUGGAACUACUGGGUGUAAUACAUGGCAAGCAACAAACGAUGUUGAAGGUGGCGGAGGGUUAGUUGAUGGGGAUUGCUUUGGUUGGCCAGGUCUUGCAAUUUCUGCACCAGGGAAAGGUUUGAAGUAAAAGGAUUUUGCCAUUUCGAGAAAAGGGUUUCGUCUUUUAGGCUUUUACUUGGCUGAGAGAAUGAAAAGGAACGAGGAUGAAAAUUUUGUUAAUUUCACGAGUAAAUUAUAAAACAAAAAAUAUUAUGAAUUUUAAUCAUUAAAUUAACAAAUUUUUCAUCCUUAAUCCUUUCCAUAUUCUCUAUCAAACAGAGCCUUAAUGUUUUUUUUUUUUGCCUUUUGGAUAGCGUUUGGAUACUUUGCUGGUUACUGCUAAGGUGUUGUGGGAUUUAUUUUAAAGUUCUAGUUGUCUUUUCUUUUGGGUCUGUGUUUUUCUUUUGGUGGGUAUAGAGACAAUAGAUUAUAGUAGAAUAGAAAGUGUCACCUCUUGGGUAGUGAGUUUCUAUGUUCUUAGGGUUUCGUUUUUUGAUGACUCUGUAUAUCUCUGGUGUCUUGAAUAUUUUGCACUGGGAAGGAAAUGAAUUUGAAAGUUUUUUUUUUUCUUUUGCAGCUGAAGUUCUACAUUAUAGAAGCAAAUUUUCUUUUGUUUGAAUGCAUAAAAUCCGAAUAAUAGCAUUUUCGUUUUGUUUGUUUUCCUUUCUUUGGAAAGGGUGAUUUCCAUUGAAUACUCUGCAGCAGAACACUCGUGACGCGUAUCGUAUUUGAGUUUCGAUUUUCGAAGAAUGUCUACAGGUUUCAGUUACCGACUACUCAACCACUAGUUAAUCAUUCCAAGAGGAUAUUUGGUUACGAAUCUAACAAAAAAAUUUCGAAGCCUUAUGGCUCCAUUAGAGCUUGCUCAAGUAAAUUGGCGUUGCCAAUUAAACCACCUUCAAUAAAAGCAAUUGAAUUUUGGGUAUUUGUACCUAGAGGGUAUAAAAUUUGAGCUGCAGAUUAUCAAUUUCACCCAAGGAAAAGAGGCAGCAGGUGGACCUGGAAUGCCAUGGAAUUUAGAAUGAUACCUCGAGAAAACAUAUUCACCUCUGGUCUCGUUUGAAAAAUUGAUUGUUGCCUCUGAGUGACAUUCCGCCAACCAAGGGGCCAUUUGAGAAGCAUCUUGUUCAUAUUUGCUCUUAAUGGAAAAAGCUAUUGCUUCAAGGUCUCUACAUGGGUUUUUGCACGUGUUUAAGUUGAGCAAUCGCCUUCUCCCCUUUGACAGCUUUGAUCAGUAGGAAAAUUUCCUCUCAACAAACUCUUCCUUUUUGGAAGGUUUCAAAUCUGAA